AUGUCACCGGGGCCACAAAUAGCGGCGGCGAUUCUUAGGACCCUCCAGGCGUGGCAGCGCCAGCGGCUCCUCCCGAGUGGCCAUCCCAGGGACGCUGGCGCUAUGGGAUCUCCCAGAGACAGCGACGCUCCCGGAGCCCUGACAGUGGUGCUCAAGGGUUCCCAGGGAGGAAGGCGCUCCCAGGGGAUCUCCCAGGACAUUGGUGCUCAGAGGCCCUCCCAUGGACUGCACAACCCCAGGGGCUCUUCCAGCGGCGCUCCCAGGAGGAAUACCAGGGACAGCGGUGCUCCCAGGGGUCUGCUAGACGUGCUGGCGCCUCCAAGGGCUCUCCCAGGGAUGGGGCCAUCCCAGACAGUGGCGCUUGUAGGGGCAGCGGCGCUCUCAAGGCCCUCCCAGGGACGGCGGCGCCCCAGGGGUUCUCUCCUGGCCGCAGGCCCCCAGGGGUUCUCGCGGCCACAGGCUCCCCAGGCGCUCUCCCAGGAAAGCGGCGCUCCCAGAGGCCCUCCCAGGGAUUCAGCCCCCAGUGGCCUCCCAGCGACGGUAGCACCCAGGGAACCCGCCAUUGUAGCGCCCCCUGGGCCCUCCCAGGUACUGCGUUGCUUCUUGGGGCCCGCCAGGGCGCUACCGCCCCAGAGGCUCUCUCAGGGACAGCGGUGCCCAGGAGCCCUCCCACAGGCCAAUACCAAGAAGGCGGCGCUCCCAGGGGCCCUCUCAGUGGCAUUGAGGCUUCGAGGGGCCCUCCCCAGACCCAGUGGCGGCCCCCAGGGCUCUUCCAGGAAGAGAGACGCCCAGGCCCUCUCAGUUGGGUGGCACCAAGGGCAAUGCCAGGGACUGCGGCGCACUCAGAGGCCUUCCCAGGGACGGCGGCAACCCCAGCGGAUCUCAGAGGGACAGGGCGCACCCAGGGCUAUCCAAGGAUAUAGGCACCCCCAGGGGCUCAACCAGGGACAGUCACUCUCCAUGGGCCAUGUCGUGGACAGUAGAGUCCCCAGGGCUCUCUAG